AAAGUUCUCUCUCUCUCUCUCUCUCUCUCUCUCGCUAGUCUUUAAGCUGUCUAUAUAGACGGGUUCUCUUUACUUUGCAGACCUCUCUUUCUCUCUCUCUCCCCCUGUCUUGGUCUAUCUCACACGCGCAGACAGAUGAUCGAUGGCGUCAGGGGUGGAGUCGCCGGAGAAGGGGAGGCCAGCGGCCAUCGCGUUCGACGUGGUGGCGUGCGACACUCCAGCAUCGCCUCCUGUGGUGCCGGAAAGGGUGCGCCGCCGUCUAGCCGAGUCGCCUGAGAGCAAGGCCAAGUGGCCGACCAGCCUCGAGGAAAUCCAGGCCAAGCUCAGGGAAGCCGACCUCCGACGCCAGCAAUUCCAUGAGUGGUUGUCAAGUAAGGCCAAGCCGAAAUCGAGGAGCCCGACGUGGGCUCCUCAGGAUGAAGAUCUUGCGCAGCGCCUCGAAGCAAAGCUUUAUGCUGCUGAGCAGAAAAGGUUAGGCAUUUUAGCUCGGGCUCAAAUGCGCUUGGCAAGAUUGGAUGAGCUGCGCCAAGCUGCCAAGACUGGCGUACAGGUGCGAUAUGAAAGGGAACGUGAAGUGCUUGGCUCAAAAGUUGAAUCUCGAGUGCAGCAAGCAGAGAUGAACCGCAUGCAACUUCUUGAGGCAGAGAAGCAAAGAAGAGCCGCUGCUCAGGAGAGAAUGGCUCAGUCUCUGUUGCAGAGGAUGCACAAUCAAGACAGGUACAAAGAGCGGAUUAAUGCAGCAAUAUGUCAAAAACGUGCUGCUGCAGAGGAAAAGCGCUUGGAAUUGCUAGAAGCAGAGAAAACCCGUGCACGGGCUACCUUUAUGCAGGCAAGAAAGGUUGCAAAGUCUGUAUGCUGUCGGCGUGAGAUUGAAAGAAGAAAGCUGAAAGACAAGCUGGAAGAUCGCCUUCAAAGAGCAAGGAGGCAAAGAGCAGAAUACUUGAGGCAUAGAGGCAGUCGCCAGAGUUCCACUCGUACUAAUUGGCUUGACAUGUAUAAAAGUGGAGAUUUUUUGUCUAGAAAAUUAGCAAGGUGCUGGAAGCAAUUCUUAAGAUCGAGGAGGACAACCUUUGCUUUGGCCAAAGCAUAUUUAGAACUUGAGAUCAAUAAGAAAUCUGUUGGUUUGAUGCCUUUUGAGCAGCUUGCAACCCGAAUCGAGUCAACGCAUACUCUUCAAACCCUUAAGGCUUUACUGGAUCGCUUUGAGUGCCGCUUUAUGCUCUCACAGUCUAGCCAAUUAAAAUCAAAAGAUAUUGAUCAUCUUCUGAAGCGUCUGACAAGUCCAAGCAGGAAAGGCCUUUCUAGCAGUGGUAGCAAAGCCAGGAGGGUGAAGAAAGCAUCUGGGAAAGCUCCCAGUAGAGAGAAAGGCAGCUCAGAAGACAAGAAGAUGUUUAGAUAUCCAGUUCGAGUUGUUCUCUGUGCUUAUAUGAUAUUAGGUCAUCCAGAGGCAGUUUUCAGUGGGCAUGGAGAGCGUGAAGUUGCAUUAGCUGAAGCAGCAAUGAAAUUUGUUCGGGAAUUUGAAAUUCUGACAAAGAUUAUCAUGGAUGGUCCUAGAAGCAUUUCAACAUCUGCCAGGCAAUCGUCUCCAAACAAAGAUUCAUCCUCGCUGAAUCAGCAUUCAUUCAGGUCCCAGUUGGCAGCUUUUGAUGAGGCAUGGUGCUCUUACCUUUAUAGAUUUGUAGCCUGGAAGAUAAAGGAUGCCCGAUCACUUGAGGAUGAUUUGGUUAGAGCAGCUUGCCAACUUGAGCUAUCAAUGAUGCAGACAUGCAAAUUAACAUCUGAUGGGAAGAUGCCUGAGCUUAGUCAUGAUAUGAAAGCUGUCAGGAAGCAGGUCUUAGAAGAUCAGAGGCUUUUGCGUGAGAAGGUGCAGCAUCUUAGUGGUGCAUCAGGAAUUGAGAGAAUGGAGAGUGCUUUGUCAGAUGUCCGCAACAGUUUCUUUGAAGCUAGAGAGAAUGGCAAUCCUUUGGUUUCCCCCCUUCUGCAAAUCUCGUCUUCUCCUCCUGGUUCCUCUGGUAUUCAGUUUCCACCAUCUGAUCCUAAAAAGUCAGAUGAACCUGAUCCGAACCAUAGGCGUGUUGUCCGUGCUCUUUUCCAAGCAUCGCAGGCCCCUCCUAGUGCUGAAGCUAUAUCCUCACAUGAGGGCAGUAGUCAAUUGGGCAUUCAAAAUCAUGAGAAGAUACCAAGUGAAAAUGAAAUACUUGUGAAUGAAAUCAUCCAUUCAGGGGGGCGGUCAUUUAUUGGUAACUUAAAAGAUACAGAGGAAGCUCAAAUCCCCUUACAGAAACAAAUUCAAGCCAUGAUGGAGAAAGCUUUCUGGGAGGAUGUUCAGAACAACCUAUCACAAGAUGGGAGAAGUUAUGGUCGCAUAGUUGAAUUAGUAAAGGAGGUUAGGGAUGAACUUUGUGCCAUUGCUCCGCAUAGCUGGAGGGAAGAAAUUGUGGAAGCCAUAGAUUUGGAUGUUUUCUCCCAGGUGCUUCGCUCAGGAACAAAUGAUUUGACGUAUCUGGGAGCAAUCCUUGAGUAUGUGCUCAACUCUUUGAGGAAACUUGCUGCUCCAGCAAAAGAAGAUGACAUGAAAAUAGCUCACAAGAAUUUACUGAGUGAAUUAACUGCAAUUGCAAAUGGAAGAAAUUCAGACAGUUCCUUUUCCCUUGCAACCGUUAAGGGCCUGCGUUAUGUUCUGGAACAGAUAAAGAUGCUGAGACAGGAAAUUAGUUUAUCAAGAAUACAAUUGUUGGAACCAAUAAUCCGUGGCACAAAUGGCCUCCAGUAUCUGCAGAGGGCAUUUGAGAAUCGUUAUGGGCCACCAGUAGAUGCAUUGAAUUCCCUAAGGUUGACAUCCAGGUGGCUUUCUUCAAUCAGUGCUGGUGCUGAGCAAGAGUGGACAAGCCAUAUUUCAUAUUUAUCUUCGUUUCAAAUUGGCCAUAUUGGCCUACCACCAGCAACAUCACUUCGCACUGGUGGCAGCAGCAACAGUUCUGCAUCUAAAAGGAAUAUGCCCUUUGCCCAAGUGACAACUUCCACGGGCGAGCUUGAAUGUGCUGGAGAGAGAGUUGAUGUCUCAAUCAGGCUUGGAUUGAUUCAGCUAGUUAGUUCUUUUGAAGGAAUCAACAAGGAUACACUUCCGGAGACUCUUACACUCAAUUGUGCAAGGCUUAGGACAAUUCAAAGCAAGUUGCAGAAGAUAAUUGUCAUCUGCACAAGUUUAUUGGUUCUUCGGCAAGCUCUCCUCUGUGAAGAUCCCAUUCCUAGCGGCACAUCCAUAGAAACUGCAGUAUCUGGUUCUUACGAGCGACUCUCUGACCUCUUGGAGCGGGAGGACGUUGGCAUCUUGGAGAUUGCGGAGUCUCUUGAAGCAUCAUGCUUCGAAUAUGCUGGCAGCGACAAGAAGUUAUCAGUAAGGAAGGAGGUGGUGACUAAUAUGUUGGGGAAAAGCCUGCAAGCUGGGGAUGCCGUCUUCGAAAAGAUCAUGGGGGCAGUUCACUCUGCAAUGAGAGUGCUCGUGCUUUCUGGCAAUGGUCCUAAGGGGAAAGCAGCAGCAGAGGCCGCACUUCGGCGCAUCGGCGCACCCGUUCUUACUGAUUCAGUAGCAGAUGUAGCAGAGGCAUUGACAAUGGUAGCUGUGAUUAGCAGAUCGGUGCAUGGGCCAUGGUAUGCAUGCCUGGUUGACUAGAAAGAUAGAAUUGCACAGAAAGUAUAGGUUUGUGUUGUACAGUGCUAUACUUGUUGUAAAUAAGAUAGAUAGUUGGUCACAGAUGGGAUGGAAGCGCAGAAAAUGAUGUGCGGCUGUGGUUUGUUGUGGAUAUCUGAUUAUUUGUAAUGAUAUGGACAAGGCCACCGUCUUCUUAAAUAAAUCUCUAUUUUCUAUUUCUUCA